AUGAACUCGCUGCUCAUCGCCCUCGCCGCCUUGGCCCUCGCCCAGCCCCAGGUUAUCACCCCGGCAUCACUGCCGCCACCCCUGUCCCCCGUGUCUGUUGCUACGAUCUUGUCGCCCGACCAAGCGCCUGCGCCGCCAAAGCCCUCGGGGCCCAUCUGCGAGUGCGGCUACACCUACUGCGCCUCGGUGCUCAUGAAGAUGAAGAUGCCGUGGAACCAGAAGCAGCUGGCCGAGGCCUACUGCAAGACACCCAACGCGCCCUGCAGCGGCGGAACCCCCGGCACCGACGUCAAGUCGGCGCUGUACCUGUGCCUCUGCAACGACGCGAACCAGGGCGUCGGCAACGAGCUGCACCUGCUCUGCGGCUGCGACAAGUGCUUGGUUAUCGAGCCCGACUUCCGUGGCCGGUGCGAAUCGCCAUGCCACGCCGGGCCGUGUGGCAAGUGA